ACUGUACCUGGUAGAAGCCGAAGAAGAAGAAGGAUCUGGAAGUGCGUGUCCUCUGCGUAGAGAUGUCAAACAUGGGUGCAAGAGUAGCACGCAUAUUUAGAAACUUUAAUUUAGAAAAUCGUGCGCACCGAGAAAUAAGCAAAUCAAAGCCUCGAGCAGCUCCAAGACAUCCAACAGAAUCCAGUGUUCUUCAGUCUGAUACAGCGGACACCAUUACAGAAGACAUUCACCAGAAGAAUAAUCCACUGCUGUCCAUGCUGAAGGAUGUAUAUGUGGAGUCUAAAGAUCCUGUGCCUCAGGGUGAACCAGUUGCUGUGGUUAAGAAGGUCGAGCAGGAAACAGAGCGCAGGCUGCUGAAGUUCAGUCUACCGGGUGACCCCUAUGGUAUCUGUGAUAUCACUGAUGUUCCAAAAGGCAAACUGUCCAUCGUAGAAGCUUUAACUGCCCUAAACAAUCACAAACGCAUGCCUAAAACAUGGACUCCGGAGAAGCUGGCACAGGAAUACUCCCUCGACAAAAAAGAUGCCAAAGCACUGACAGAAUUCUUUAUUCCCUUUGAUGUCAAAAUUAUUCCACCAAAGUUGGAGGAGACUAAACGGAUCAAGGAUUCUUAGCACCCAAAUGAACUCUGUCCUGUAGACUCAACACAUCUUGGAAACACGCACAAUGUGUAGUUGCCUAAAUACAUGAGUUUUGACAUUCUGAUUGUAGUGUUUUGUAGGGCAUGUCAUUACUAUUUAUUAAUUUGGUGUCUCAUUAAAGCAUGACAUAUCCAUAACAUCCAUCGUCUAUUUUAUCGUAUAUUAAUGUUAAUGAUUCUGCACUGGAAAGGAAUGAAAUAAAAAUGUCUUUAGAUUGA